AUGUGUACAAAUGGUGUUCCAGAUACGUUUCAUUUUUCACUUCUACUCGACAAUUGGGAUAAUUUUCCUGAAAGUGAAUGUGAAACAUUAAUUACUGGUGGUGAUAGUUUUACAUCGAAUGGUCGAUUAAUAAUGAAUGAAUCAGUUGAAAUUAAUAAUUAUUUCGUUGCAACCGGUUCUAAUGGACAUGGUAUAGCACUUGUUGGUGUUGUUUAUGGCGAAGUGCUUGGUUAUGAACGUCCACUAUUUCUUAAACCAGAUGAAGCAAGAAAAAAAGAUUUUGAAGAUUUAAGUAAACAAGGCACAUUUAGUAAAGCACGAUGGUUUAAUACAGUUAAAAAAGAAUAUAAUGCAUGUCGAAAAGCAAAUCGAAGUGUUGUGGAUUUUCUUCAAAUGCAUUGUGUAAAUAAUAUUGAUAAGCCAAUUGGUACUGUUGUUCAUAGAGAAAUAUUAAAUGAACAAGGCGGUUAUGAAAAAGAUUGUUCUGUUAUACGUCUAGGAGAAUAUCAUUUGCUUUUGGUUAGUUCAACUUUGCAAUCAAAUCGCAAUAUGAAAUGGCUUAAAACACAUGUGCUAGAAGAUGAUUCUAUUUUUCUAUCGGAUGUAACUUCACUUUAUACAGCAUUGAAUGUAAUUGGGUCGAAAGCCAAAUAUUUACUGUCUGACUUAAGUGAUGAAAAUUUUUAUUUGUUAUGA